UCGGUGUACCUAAGCACUGAUUGGACUUGACGACAUACAGACAGACUUGUAGCAAGUACACAGAGACGAAGUGUUUCCUUUUCUCUGAAGGACCUUCAGCCCCUCUCAUGCCCAAUCUGACUUGGUUUUCUACAUACACCCAGUUGGCUUGUAUUCAAUGGCAUCGAGCACCCAACGAGCCACUUCAUCUCUUCCUUCAGCCCUUGAAUGGAAGUACGAUGUCUUUUUGAGUUUUAACGGUGAGACGCGGUUAGGUUUCACCGCCCAUCUACUUAAGGAAUUGGAAGAACAAGGAAUCACAAGAACUUUCUUUGAUGAGAAAGAUCUUGAACAAGGAAGGAAAGUUUCUCAACUCUUCCCGGCAAUUGAAAAGUCGAGGCUUGCCAUCGUUGUCAUCUCUCCAAAGUACGCUUCUUCAAAAUGGUGCCUGAACGAACUCGUAAAGAUUCUUGAAUGCAUGGAAGAGAGAGGGGCAGUUAUACCAGUUUUCUACAAAGUGGAACCCUGCGAUGUUGGAGAUAGGUCUGGGAGUUUCGGGAACGGCUUCACUGAACGCGCAGAGAAGCAUAAGGAUGACAAAGAGAUGGUGGAACGAUGGAAAGCUGCCUUAACAAAAGUGGCAAAAAUCAAAGGGUGUACUUCAAAGAAUAGAGUAGAACCAGAGCUCAUCCAAAAAAUUGUUGAAAAUGUACGGAAUGAAGUAGGACCUUUAUCAUUGGAGCCUGCAGAAAAGCUAGUUGACAUUGAUUCGAAGCUGAAGGAACUUGAUGUGCUUUUAGAACUAGAGUCAAAUGAUGUUCUCUUUAUAGGAAUAUGGGGGAUGAGUGGGAUAGGUAAGACAACCCUUGCCAAAGCAUGUUAUGAGAGGAUUCGUCAUAAAUUUCAAGCCAAAAGCUUUCAUGACGGAGUUAGAGAGGAUUCUAAGGCACACAGUAUGGCCGGUGUACAGAGGAAGCUUUCCAAUAGCCUUAUGAAAAGAAAUAUACAAGACUGGGAUGCCGGUGAAGCUGCCAGAUGGAGAAGUUUCUUACUCGAGAAAAAGGUUCUCAUCAUUCUUGAUGACGUGGACGAUAGUAACCAGUUAAGAGAGCUAUGUGAAAAGCCAGCUUGGUUUGGUCAGGGGAGUAGAAUCAUUAUUACAACUAGAGAUGAACGCUUGCUAAUUUCUCAUGGUGUAAAAAAAGUAUUUGAGGUGCCGGAGCUGAGUAAAGUUGAUGCUCUUAAACUUUUUAGCUUGAGAGCCUUCCGUAGAGAGAAUCCGCCUGAAAGUUAUAAGGCUCUGUCUGACAGUUUUGUGGACUAUGCCAGUGGCCUUCCAUUAGCUCUUGAAGUCUUGGGGUCUUUUUUGUAUGGAAGAGAUCUAGAUGCAUGGAGCAGUCAAUCGCGUAAACUAGAGGGUGAUUUCACAUUGGAUGAAAAAAUUAUGAAGAUUCUUAUAACAGGUUACGAGGGAUUAGAUCCGCAAGGGAGAGAGAUUUUCCUUGACAUCGCAUGUUUCUUUAAAGGAGAGGACAAAGAUCGAGUAUCUGAAAUACUUGAUAGUUGUGGUUUUAAUCCAGGUAUUGACAUAAAUGUCCUUAUGGAGAAGUCUCUGAUAACAAUUUCAGACAACAGGGUGUGGAUGCAUGAUUUGUUACAAAAAAUGGGUCAAACAAUUGUUGCUCAACAAUCUAAACAACCUGGUGGACGAAGCAGAUUAUGGCUUUCUAAGGACAUCUUUCAUGUUUUGAAGGAAAAAACGGGGACACCGACGGUUGAAGGCCUUGUCCUAGACUUGCUUGAAUCAAAAGAGGUCAAAUGCCAUCCUGAAGCUUUUUCUCAGAUGGUUAAUCUUAGAUUGCUCAAAGUCCAUAACGUGUGCCUUCCUGAAGGCCUCAACAGUCUCCCUAAUUCCUUGAGAUUUCUUGAAUGGAUAGGUUAUCCUCUACAAUAUCUCCCAUCAGGAUUCGACCCGGAAGAGCUUGUUGAACUUAGUAUGUGUCAUAGUAGAAUUAAACAGCUCUGGAAUGACAAAAAGACAUUACAGAGUCUUGGCAAUUUGAAAAUCAUGAAAGUUAGUCAUUCCAAAAGUUUGACUAGAACCCCUGAUUUUGAAGGGAUUCCUAAUCUUGAGAGAUUAGAUCUUGAGGGAUGCGAAAGUCUAGUUGAGAUUCACUUUUCCAUAGGAACUCUCAAAAAGCUUUCUUUCUUGACUCUUAAAGAUUGCAAAAGUCUCGAGCUUCUUCCGGAUGAGAUUGAAAUGGAGCACCUUGAAGUUCUAGUUCUUUCUGGCUGCUCUAGCGUUAAAAAGAUACCGAAUUUUGUGGAACCCUAUGGAGCAUUUAUGGAAGCUUUCUUUAGAUGGGACGGUAUUGAAUGUAUACCUUCAUCAAUUGAACAUCUAACCAGCCUUUCUUUGUUGGACUUGAGAGAUUGCAAAAAUCUGAAAUGUCUUCCUAGUGCCAUUGGAAAUUUGAGGGCUAUUAAAAGUCUUGAUGUUUCUGGAUGCUCAAAUCUUGCCACAUUGCCAGAAAGCCUCGGGAAAUUAGAGUUUGUGGAGAAGAUUAAUUUAAGUGGAACUGCUAUAAAAGAAUUCCCAUCUUCCAUUGCCCUUCUGAAAAACCUUAAAGCAUUGAUUUUUCGUGGAAUGGAAGGGCCAUCACUACGACCAUGGUGUACGUCGCUCCCUUUUAGAUUAAUGCCAACAGGGAGCCUUCAUCAUUUCUUGCCUUCUCUAUCAGGCCUUUGUUCCUUAAUGGAAUUAGACUUAAGUGGUCACAAUCUUUGUGAAGGAGCCAUCCCCAAUGAUAUUGGCUGCUUAUCGUCUUUGGUAUCAUUGAACUUAAGUGGAAACGAUUUUGUUAAUCUUCCUACAAGCAUUAGCCAACUCACUAAGCUAGAGAAUUUAUACUUGAGUCGUUGCAGUAGGCUUCAACACCUUCCAGUUCUUUCGUCAGAUGUGGAUUUACAAGUAACUGCAGAUGGUUGUACUAAACUGGAAAUGCUGGAAUGUCCCUCAAAUUUGGGCAAAUUGAAUUCAUCAUGCUUCAAUUUCAUCAAUUGCUUUGGAAUGCUCGAGAAAGAAUGCUACAAUCAUAUUACAUUUACCAUGCUCCAAAGAUAUCUUAAGGGAGUCCCUUAUGCAGGAGACAGAUAUGAAAUUGUGAUGCCUGGAAAGGAAAUUCCUGGGUGGUUCACUCAUCAAAGGCUGGGAACUGAAGUAAGCGUCGACCUAACUCCGCAAUGGCGUGAUAACAAGUGGAUGGGAUAUGCUCUGUGCGCUGUAUUUGAAGUUUAUGGGAGCGGAUGGGAGCUCUCUGGUGUUUUGGAAGUCAAUGGAAAGGAAGAGUACCCUGCGCCUCUACUAUCUUCGGAUGUCCAGCCCGAGUCAGAUCAUAUUUGGCUACUCUAUGUGUCUCGUGGUAUAAGCUUUGGUACAGAGUGGCAAAACAGUUGCAAUAAGUUAAAUUUUCAUUUCAAAAGCUCAGGGCCCUGCUUGGUGAAGAGUUGCGGCACUCGUUUGGUGUACGAGAGCGAUGUGGAAGAGUUGGACGACAUAGGGACCCAAUCCAGUAGCAAACGGAGAAGGACCUGGUGAAAGUGGUAGAUUGAGGGGUGUACGUUGGCCGGCUUCGCCAAUGUGUUUGGGUUCCCUCAUUUGUAAUGGCAAAGCAACGAAGAUGGAGUAUGGUCGCCUAAAGUCUAACCACGCAACAUCAAACAAGUCAAAUCACAAAUCGACAAUUGAAUCCUGGUUUGCCAAUCAACGAGUUUUUGUUUUUUAUUUAAACACCACCGUUGUCCAAGUAAAUGCACCGUUAAUAAGCAAACCAAAUUUUUUGGUUAUGUAAUAAAAAGACGGCAAUAGACAUAUCAAAUUCAUGCCAAAAGAAUUGGAAGUGGAA